GGAGUUCGGACGGGUCGGGUCGUAUCCUACGUUUCCCCUCAGUUUCAGUAAUAGUUUUGGCGGGAAAACCAAUUAACCGUGAUAUCUCCACCAAAGCGUGCGUGUAGUGUAGCUUCUCGUCUGUCGUGUGGGUCGACUCGUUAAGUGAUCAUUAUAAUCUAAUUAUUGUUCUCGUGCCGUUUUGGGGCCCAUGUACCACCACCCUUGAGCGAGGGAAAUCGGCUAUGCAAGCUAUGGGCACGAAAGGAAAAGUGUCGUGAUUGUGGGGUAUGAUACUACUGCCACACGCUGCUGGCACUGGUCCAUCCCAAAGUGGUUAAUUGUGUUCUGUGUGUGUUUGUGUCUCGGAGCUGAAUGCUUACGAAACGGAUACCAGUUGUAAUUAUUUGUGAUGUAGCUGAAGUUGUUGCGAGCAGGAGCAAUUAGCAGAGUGCCAAAGCAGAGCAAUCCCUUUUGGUUUUUUUAUCGGAUGGAUCGUCCGGAAAAAAGAGCAACUACAAAAGGGAUUUUCUUAGCACGCGCGCGCAUACACAGUGAAUGAGUUUGCGAAAGGAUAAGACGAUAAUCACCGAAGGAUAUCUCUAACCGCACAAAGCCAUCAUUGGAGGAGCAAAAACGGAUUACAUCGCAGAGGAAAACCUUGUGCAGGACAGUGGUCCCCGGGAAAAGGAAGGCAUCACCAGCGGGAGCAGGCGUCGGCGCCGGAGGAAAAAAAUCGCAAAUGAGCAAACUUCAUGAAUUAUGAUAUUUGGAUUUUCAAUUAAAUUGAACAAGGUGAGAGAGGCUCUAUUACACACGCAUGACGUGGUAGCUAGAGAAGUAUACGGCGAGGAAGCGCUACGAGUAACACCACCACCGAUCGCACCCUACCUAAAUGGAGGCAACGACGAUAUCGACAACGGUGAUACCGGCGACCUGCAGCAUGUCACGCGCGUCCGUCUGGUGCAGUUCCAGAAGAACACCGACGAACCGAUGGGCAUAACGUUGAAGAUGACCGAGGAUGGCCGGUGCAUCGUGGCCCGGAUCAUGCACGGUGGCAUGAUCCACCGGCAGGCGACGCUGCACGUCGGCGACGAAAUCCGGGAGAUCAACGGCCAAGCGGUGCAGAACCAGAACGUUAGUCAAUUACAGCGCAUGCUGCGGGACGCGCGUGGUUCCGUUACGUUUAAGAUAGUUCCUUCAUAUAGAAGUGCCCCACCACCAGUUGAGCUAUUCAGGAUAAGACCAGCGCCCGUUUUAGUCGAUCAGAUUUUCGUUCGUGCCCAGUUCGAUUACGACCCGUUGGACGACGAGCUGAUUCCGUGCGCUCAAGCGGGGAUAGCUUUCCGAGUUGGUGAUAUACUACAGAUUAUUAGCAAAGACGAUCACCACUGGUGGCAAGCCAGACACGAUGCAGCGGGAGGUUCAGCCGGUUUGAUACCUUCGCCAGAGCUUCAGGAGUGGCGCAUUGCCUGCCAGUCGGCGGAUAAGACCCACAAGGAACAAGGAGAGGUAGGGCCCGGUUGCUCGGCACACGCAGAAGGAUGUGACGGAUCUACAGCAGUAAAUUGCUCAAUAUUUAGCCGUAAGAAGAAACAGUGCCGGGACAAAUACCUAGCGAAGCAUAAUGCCGUCUUCGAUCAGCUGGAUUUGGUAACCUACGAGGAGGUCGUCAAAGUUCCAGUGGGCGACCCGGCCUUCCAACGGCGAACGUUGGUCCUACUCGGAGCACAUGGUGUCGGUAGACGUCAUAUCAAAAAUACCCUCAUAGCUAAGUACCCGGACAAAUACGCUUACCCCAUACCACACACCACCAGACCGCCCCGGCCGGACGAGGAGAACGGCCGCAGCUACUACUUCAUAUCACACGACGAGAUGAUGGCGGACAUCCAGGCGAACGAGUACCUCGAGUACGGUACCCACGAGGACGCCAUGUACGGCACCAAGCUGGAAACGAUACGACGCAUCCACGCCGACGGCAAGAUGGCGAUCCUGGACGUCGAACCACAGGCCUUAAAAAUACUGCGCACAGCCGAAUUCACACCGUACGUUGUGUUCAUCGCGGCCCCGCUGCUGCAAAACAUUGCCGACUACGACGGCAGCCUCGAGCGUUUGGCGAAGGAGUCGGACAUGCUGCGCCAGGCCUACGGGCACUUCUUCGACCUGACCAUCGUCAACAACGACAUCGGCGAAACGAUAGCCACGCUCGAGAAUGCAAUCGACAAGGUGCACUCUACGGCCCAGUGGGUCCCGGUCUCCUGGCUGUACUGACAAGAUAGUGAGCUAGAAUGUCCGGCGUGCUUAGAGGAGGAAUGCGACUGCGAUUGUGACUGCGAGCUAGACCUUAAGUAGAGAAGCGCUGAAGAAGAUGUGCGGCACAAGACGAGCGAGUGUGAACGAAGCAGCUGAUUACUACCUACCACAUCAAGGACGCAUCAAAACAAUAUUAAAACCACACAACCAGCAAAAGCAGCAGCAGCAACAACAGCACUAGCACUACUUAAGCCGAAAUGAGAGUAAGAAAUCUGUUACAAAAAAAAAAAGAAAAAAAAAUACAAAAAAAAGGUUUUGGAAUUCAGUAGAUAAGAAAUGGCAACCUUCACACAAAACAAAAGAAAUACACAGGAAAACUAUAAUCUUACAGAUACCAGAACGAAGAAAUAAGCAAAAUUGUACUUGAUUAACGCAAAUACUAUCCCAAGUAUAUCUCCUUGGUUCACUACGAAAGCGAUACGUCUGAAUGGGGUAUGUUACAUUGAAAACAAAACAAACAAAGUUACGAAUGUCUAGUUAUUGUUUUAAAAAAUGAAGCAAAAAAGAAAAGAAAACAAAAACACAGUAUAUCUAUCGCGUACUCUGUCAACUCGAAACUAAAAACAAAAUGUCUGAUUUUAUAUCAAAACUUACAUUUAAACUGCACAAGGCAGCAUUUAGAGGCAACCCUCUUUUUACUUGUAAAACCGCAGAUUGGAGCCAUUUACCAUUUACCAAUUUCUGAAAGUAAAAACAAUUCGUUUCAGUUGAAUGUCAUUACCGAUAGUAGAAACAAAUCAAAAGAAUAAAAACACACACACAUUCACAUCUUUAAACUUAUAGGCGACAAGCAAAACUCAUCGAAUUUCGCGCACUGGGAGCUCGAUUCCAGUUCAGUCGACACCGCGGCAAUGAGAAAACAAAACAUGAAAACAACGGCACAAACAGGAUGCACUUUCCAGGCAAAAUCCAAAAUAUUCCAUACACCGAAUACUUAAAGAAAAAAAAACAACCAGAGAGAAUAAAUAACCCAGAAGGGCAACCUUACUAAAAA